UAGAUUCGCGUACAUGUAUCUGGUCAACAGUUCCGAAAAGUGUUACUAUUCGAUACAAGUGCUGAAAAGUUGAAUUUCCCUUCACAAAGAUUCAGCGAUGAACACUUAAACGUUUUAGCUCAAAAAAUCAAUUGACAUAAUAGCUAAAUCCGUACACCGUACCGUUUUAACAACACUUUGAGAGAUUUUUCCACGUGAUUCUUCGAGCAGGUCUAUCAUCUUUCUUUAUACGGUUCUACCGAGCACCUUCAACGUCUGAUCGUCGUUCGAAAAUCAAUCCCAAUGAUAAUCUACUUCAAAUCAAAGCCUCCAUUUCACUAUCGUAAAAGAUAAUGUCCCCAGCCAGCCGACCCGACCCGACUACGCAUCUAAUUAGCAUGUAUCAACCAACCAGCCACUCGAAGAUCGCUCGAGACGUCCCGCGAAGGUAAGUCGUCGGCUGCCCACCGAACGCAUUGUCUCCAAACGCAGUUUUGCUGGUGUGGAUUGUUAUGCAACCACCACACUUUAUGCAUAUGCAUCACUCUAUAGCGAGUCUAGAGGUCAUCACUCUGGCUAGAAAAAAAAAAGAUAAACAUGAGUCUCGAGCCCCAAGUCGCCCAAGUUGGUUCCACAGCCACGCUCGAAUAGUUGAUAAAUGUCUCUGCAACGGUUAUCAUCAUCAUCAUGUUGACCAGGCUGGUGCUGUUAUCGGUGGUGGCGGUAAAUUUCGUCUGCGAUUCGGCCCCACUGUUCAGCGGUAGCGGCAUCAGCAACACCAACAACAACAAACCUCUGAUGGAAUCAUCCCUGGAGCAGACCAUCGUAGAAGCCGAUCAACACCUAUCCGAGGAGGAUUCCCAACCGAUCAUCAUCAACCAACCAAACGAUCAAAACGAUUCCUACUCCAUCGAACAAGACAUUCCAGACUACCCUUCCACCGAAGAUUCGUACGAAACCGUCCGCGAAGAAGCCGACGAGAAGAUCUACGACCUGCUGCUGAAAAUCCUGCAAAUCCUAGACGACCAGGCCCACCGAGAUGCGGAGCGAGUCCGGAGGUUGGGAACCUUGCGCGUCCUAGAUGACCACAUCUCCAACGAACAUCCCACCGACGACGACGACGAUGAUGAUGAUGGUGACCUCGGCGAUGAAAUUGAGAGUGACUGAUGCAGUUUGCUGCGCGAAAAGCGAAGUGAGGCACCGACAUUCAAGUUCAAUUUACUUAAGGAUCCAUUAAGGUUUGUUGGCGUAUACAGUUCGGUCAAGGGGAAUCCCGUUGCGUUGUGUUCACAAAAGCUUGAUAAAGAACUGUUUCACAGCUCAUGUAUUUACAAUGGUGAUAAUAAAAGUUAAAAUAAG